CAACUGUCAUCAUUAUCACUUAUCGGCCCUGCGUCUGAUUGACAAAUGUUAAAUUUGGGAAAUUUAGGUUAUCUUGUGACAGUUAAAAUGUUUUGUCAACAUAAGCAAAUGUAAUGAAAAGUAAAAAUUAUUGAAUGAGCAAGUCCACAUAAACCUCGCAAAAAUGGUCAGCGAAAAAGUAACAAUGCUUAGAUAUAGGGGGUCGAAAUUCAGUACUGUAAAAAAGCUCGACAUAUUUCCAAAAGUUGAGGAGCCUUUCAAAGAAACUUCUUCAGUUGGGGGUACAUUUUCCAUAAUCAGUUUUUUACUCAUAAUUUGGCUGGUGUUCUCAGAAGUGAACUACUAUUUGAACAGUAGAUUCAUUUUUAAAUUCACACCUGAUGUAGCAUUAGAUGAAAAGCUGAAAAUUAACGUGGAUAUUACUGUAGGAAUGCCCUGUUACUUUUUAGGAGCAGACAUUUUGGAUUCAACAAACCAAAACACAUUGAAUUUCGGCAAUUUAGAUGAAGAGGACACUUGGUUUGAGCUAGCACCGAAUCAACAGACACACUUUGAUAGUAAACGCCACUUUAACUCAUACCUUAGAGAAGAAUAUCAUGCCGUGAAAGAUCUCCUCUGGAGAAGUAGAUUUUCAACUCAAUUUGGAGAGUUGCCACCCAGAAAUGACAAGCCUAAUAGACCACAUGAUGCAUGCAGAUUAUAUGGAACAUUUGUUUUGAAUAAAGUAGCUGGUAACUUUCAUAUAACUGCUGGCAAAAGUCUUCAGUUGCCCAGGGGACAUAUACAUAUAAAUGCAUUUAUGUCCGAGAGAGAUUACAACUUUUCUCAUAGGAUAAAUAAAUUCAGCUUUGGAGACUCUCACCAUGGAAUUGUACAUCCCCUAGAAGGAGAUGAGGUCAUCAGCAGUUUUGGAAGAACCCUGUACAACUAUUUCAUUGAAGUAGUUCCAACAGACAUAAACACCUUCAUGUCAUCCACAAGUACCUACCAGUACAGUGUGAAAGCUCUAGCUAGACCAAUUGACCAUGAUAAAGGCAGCCACGGAAUACCCGGAUUGUUUUUUAAAUACGAUAUGUCAGCUUUGAGAGUAACUGUCAAACAAGAACGAGAUCAUCUGGGAGUAUUCUUGGCUAGACUGUGUUCUAUAGUUGGGGGAGUCUUUGUGUGUUCAGGUAUCCUGAACAGUUUAGUUCAAAUAAUAUCAAAUUUUGUGAUGUGCAACUGGGGAAACAAACUUCUUGAUAAGGGCAAUGUUCAUACAGAACAUAAAGAGCCGUUUGUAACUCUUACAACCCAACCAUUGCCUGAUUUACUGAGUGGUAAAGUGACUGAUAUUUAGAGUGCACUCUCAAUUUCGAACUCAAUUUCAUCGAUGUUAUAUAUAACUAUGUUGAAAUAUUUUGGUACAUACUUGAUAGAAAUUAGUGCAUCACAAACUGUUUUUAAUUAUUGAAUUACCCACGGAGUUGAGCAUGGCGCUCUUGUUGAUACAUGUUGCUGUUCUUUUUUAUUUUAACAAUGAUGUCUAGCAAGUCUGAAAUAAAGGUUUUUAAUAUACAGUAGCAGUUGCUGGUUUUAAGUGUUCUAAACAGAAAGUGAGAAAAACAUUAUAUUAAAAACUUUAAUAACAGUAUUGUUAACGUACACAAUGAGAUUUCUUUUCUUAUGGCUGAUGACAUAACUUCUAGUGGAAUGAUGUUGUCCUGUACGUUUACUUGUACUGUCGUUACCAUAUCUUCAUUGAGAUCUGAAAGAAAAAUGUAAAAU